GACCAUGGGCGAAGUGGUUCUAACCUGCGGGUAUCCACACGAUUGAAUAAGACAACAUCCUCUGAAAGCGAAUUGGACGACAUUUUCCCUUUCUCCGCCCAUCUUGUCUUCGUAAAACCCGCACUGGCUGAGGGCGCAGUCACUCAAAAGUCGACGGGGUUGCUAUGGGCUUCGGUUUAUGAGGGCAGAGAGAUUUGAUUUCUACUGGGCCACCUUUAAUGCAAGAAAUUGACAGUGACGCUCGCUAAUUUUUAAUUUCCACUUGAAUUCAAGCAACUUCGAAUAGCCAUGGUCACGAAGAAAAACCCACGAGGACAGAAACUGAAAGAAGGCAAAGCACAGCUAGCCAGUAAGAAUGGCAAGAAGCCUGAGGGAGCAGGUGGAAGCUCCUUCUUCACCUGGUUCAUGGUGUUGGCCCUCCUGGGGGUCUGGACCUCCGUGGCCGUCGUCUACUUCGACCUGGUCGACUACCAAGGCACCAUCGCCAAGGCAAAGGACAUGCACAGUACCCUCUCUGAGACACUGCAAGGUAAACUUUCGUCCUAUGACGCCGAUGGAGAUGGUGACUUCGAUGUGGAGGAUGCUAAAGUAUUACUAGGACUGAAAGAGAAGGCUACUGUCGUCUUUAGCAGAGAGGGAGCACCAGAGGAGGCUCCUGCAGCACCUGUGGAAGAAGAACACAUUGUUGAAGAAGUGAUCGAAGCCGCCAAAGCAGAGGAAGCUACUGCUUUCCCACCAGAGCCUGAGGUGGAUGAGGAGGAAGAGCCUGAGGUGGAUGAGGAGGAAGAGCCUGAGGUGGAUGAGCCUGAAAUCUUUGAGGAAGAGCCCGAAGUUCUAGAGGAUGAUUCUUCUCCCUUCGAGGAGCAUUCUUCUCCCUUCGAGGAGCAUUCUUCUCUCUUCGAGGAGCAUUCUUUUCCCUUCGAGGAGGAUUCUGCUCCCUUCGAGGAGGAUGAGCCUCAAAUCGAGGAAGAGCCCGAAGUACUGGAGGAUGAGCCAGAGGAGGAGGAGGAGGUUGUUGAGGAGGCCGUACCAGUUGAAGAAGAGGCUGCUCCUGUGGAGGAGGUAGUUACCACUGUAGAAGAGACCUUCGAGGAGGAGGCUGCCCCCAUUGAGGAAGAGGUUGUAGAGGAAGCCGCCCCAGUCAAGGAGGAAGCCGCACCUGAGGAUGAAGAGGAUGAACCUGUUGAGGAGGUCGUUGAAGAGGAAGCCGUCCCAGUUGAUGGGGAAGUCGCUGCCGUGGAACAGGCUGUUGAGGAAGAGGCCACCCCCGCAGAAGAAGAGGCUGCACCAGUUGAGGAGGAAGCUGUGGAGAAGGAGCCAGCAGCAGAGGAGACAUUGGAAGAGGAGGCAGCACCAGCAGAAGAGGAAGAGGUAGAAGAAGAAGCAGCAGAAGAAGAAGAGUCUGAACAGGAAGCAGAAGCUGAAUCAGAAGAAACUCAAGAGGAGGAAGACCUUCCAGAGGAGGUAGAUGAUUUUGAUGAGCCAUUUGAGGAGUUCACAGAAGAGUAUACCGAGGUAGAAGAACAGAUUGAAGAUGCGCCAACAGAAACGUAGAGCCUGCGAUCUCAGCGCAGUAAGACGGAGCGAGGACCAGCCCACUGAGCACGUGCAGCCGUGCUUCCCCACCUCCAGAGAAAGAGUAGCGUUGCCACGACUUCCGCCACUGUCUCCGUUUUCUCACUCACACACUCAGAAUUUAGUUUUUCUUCCGUUAGUGUAAAAUCUCACUGUUCCAUUACUUGUUUGAUUAGUAUGUUGUUUUUCUCUCUUGCCUUUUUGUUUUCUUUUCUGUUCUACUUUGUUUCCAUGAUUUUUAGUUUAAAGAAUUCCCAUUUCCUAUACUGGAACGUAUCAAUGAAUUUCUCUUCCGGAUGUAGGUAGAUGAUGUCAGUCGUAGGUUGUUUUUCCUUCCCUGUGUAUAACAAGCAGAGGCACGUGUUGCUUUGCUUGUCUGAACCGAGUUCAGCAGUGUGGUUUCACCCUGUUGAAUCGUGGGUCAGAACUUUAACAUUUUUUAUGUUUUUUUUUUGUUAAACAUGAAGGUAUUAUGCAAAGCUGCACUGAUCUUUCGUGGCAAUUUCACUCUAAGUUUUGUAUUCCCAGUAUGUAGUGAGUCUACUACACGUGGAAGGUAAACUCGGACAAGUCAGGUGACGUGUUGGGCGAGUGUGUGAGCUUUGGUGUGUAUGACUGAGAAUGUGUGUAGAUGUUUUGUGUGUGCGUGCGAUUGUUUGUCUGUAGACAUAUCGCUUUGAAAAACAAUCCCUAUUAGCCGUAGUUCUCAUUAAGAUGUGUUUGAGACUCUUCCUCAUUUCGUUUUUGUUUGUUCCAACUCCUAGUACCUCUCACUCUCUGAUAUUUUUAAAGUACUGAAAGUGUUUUUGACUCACUCAGACCUCGAGCCACAACAGUGAACAUCUUUUUCUAUUUCUUAGGAUCUAUGGGAACACAUUUCUUUUCUAGCAAUGCGAGUUUUAUUUUAUUUAAACUUUUUUGUUGUCUCUUUUGGACAGUAUUUGGGUUGGAAGUAAACUAUCCAAAUGGAAGAUAUGUUGGCGUAUGCUAUUUUGUUCUGGGAAAAAGAGAUACAAAAAAAAUACCGGGAGACGAGGGAAGGGCAGGGUCUCGGGAGUAUAUGGUCGUAACCCUUAGGUUUAGCUCAGUGUGGAUGUAGCUGCUCUGGGCUAACGGUCUGACACAACCCCACCCAGUCUCCUGGUGAAACCCCACCCAGUUUCCUGGUGAAACCCCACCCAGUCUCCCAAUAGGUCUGCCACACACACACGCACCUGGUCCAACAGGAAUCUGAUUAAUCAAAAUUCAUAAUUCAAUACACUUAAACACAAAACAAAAGUCUGCGUCAACAAUGUUCAUAAACUUUUGUUCCAUUUCUCUCAAAAUGUACAGUUUCACUUGUAUAUUAACUGGCUCUAGCCCAGGGUAAGUGCUUAAUUUGGAACAAAGAUUUAUGAAUGUCUGGGAUUGUGGAAGAUUUUAGCAGACACCAGGAACACAUCUUGUUGUUGUCCCUCUGCAUGUGUUUCAGUGCAGCCCCUAAAACCAACUGUAACCAACUGUUCAAAGAGAAAUGCUGUAGUACAUCUAGAAUGGAAUGUGACCGUGUAACCUGUUAACUCUAAUGUCCUAACGACACCCAGCUCGAAUUUGGCUAGCAUUUACUAUUGACGUUAUUGUCAUUAAUGUUGUCAUUGUUGUUUUUACUACAAGGACAAUGCUAGCUCAUGAUCUGGACUUGAGGGUGAAGAUCAUGUUUAUUCUUUUGAAGGAGUUACGUGUUUAGUCUGUGUUCAAACUCCUCCGUAAUGUUUCUGUGAAUUCAAAUUGGUGUGUUUUAUUUUUUUUAUCUUUCCAUUGUAGCAGUUUUCUGUGCAUUGUGGUAAUAAGGGGCGUGCCAGAUGAUAUGAUGCUGAUUUUAAUGUGAUGGACUGUAGGAAAUGCUGCAAUGCAAAUCUUUUCUGGGGGGAAAACGGUUUGUUUUGACAUAUAAAACAAGUCAAGUGGUUGCAAUAUAGUUCCUAGGACAUAUUUUGUCUUUUUUCUAUAACACUAAUGGGUAUUUUUCUAUUCCCUAACACUUUUGAAGUUGAUGUGAAUUUUUAACGUGGUGUUAAUUUUACAUUAUAACAAACUUUACAAGAUAGAUAUCUGUUCUAGAUUUUUAAAUAAAAAUACACUUUCUAGGAUCAAAACUUUUUUUUCCUGAAUGUUAAAGAAAGUGUUCAACUUUUUUCAAAGCCAUAUGUGAAAGGUGGGGCACUGCUGCUCAGAACAGACUUGAUUAACUCCAAGGGAAAGCCAUUGCACAACUAGCAAUAACAGAAAACAUCACUACAAUAGGCAAAAAAGUUUUUAAAUUAUUGUGAAAAUGCAUCCUGUAUGCAGGGUUGGAUGACUGUCACAGUUUCUGUAAAUGUUCUGUUGAGGGGCUGCAAUAAAGGUUUGGGACAACA